UACUUGGCUGCGAGAAAAAAGGUUAAAAAACGUUUUAAAUAAGUUUUGUUGCGUUAAAGACCAGACACCGCCAGAACACACAUCCUCACGAUGGGAGCCAGGCAAUCACAGUCGCGCGAACCACGUUCCGUUUCGAUGGAGAACCCAACUCCUUCGGGCGUCAUCGACAUAUCCGAUGAUGUGGUCAAGCGCCUCAAGGCGGGCAUUUCACAGCAGGCUCGCCAGCAAGCAGCCAUUGCGGAGGAGACCAAACCGGCAGCCAAAGCACCCGCCGUGCCCGCAGCAGUACUGCCAGCGCCCGCGUCCGCACUAAAGACUCCCUCCUACCAGGCCGCCACUCCCAUUUAUGUGCAGGGCGGCGGACAAACCAUCAGUGCGGCGGAUGUGCAGCGCCAGAUGAACCUGGAGCUGCAGCAGAACGACGAGCUCUGGCGCCAGCGCCUCGUCAAGCUGGAGGAGAACCUGAAGAAGACCAACACCAUCCUCGAGUCGGAGUACGCCAAUGCCGUGGAGAACGUGCACAAGCGCUUCGUCAGCACCGCCGCAGCGCACAAGGUGCCCCCCUGCCAGGACUUGAAGUCGCAGCUACUGGCCUGCUACCGCGCCCAUCCCGGCGAGACGCUGCAGUGCAUGCAGGAGGUGGCCCAGUUCCGGCAAUGCGUCGACCUGCAUCGCAUCAAGAAGCUGGACGAGGAGCCAGUGGCGCCCAAGGCGCCAGCUGCCAGCAAGGCUGCAGUGCCCGCCGCCAAAGCGGGAUAGAAACGACAAAACGACGGUUCCAGUUCUUAUGUUGAGUUGAUUAUUUGUUGGCGGCCUUGCGAGACUUUUGUAAACGGCAAAGACUUGUGCGAGAAAGUGUAAUUGUGAAGAAUAAAUAAGUAACGUAAUUUAA